CAAAGGGGCAACGGUCCGGCGUGCGUGUGCGUGUGCGUGUGUAGGGUAUAAAACCACCGACCCCCUCGGUUUGGAGCAACUCGUCACGGCUGCAGGCACAGAGCAACACGCACAGACUGAACCCCGCACACACCAUGGCACCUGUCCUGCGGACGCUCGUGCUCGUGCUCGUGCUCGCGUCCCUGCAAACUGCGCGAGCGACGCCACUCAACGACACCAUCUUCUUGGUGACGGCGAGCUCCCUGGUGAGGGGGGGCGAACCGGAGACCCUGUGCGCUCAGGUCCACGGGCCCCCGGAGCCCGUCAACCUCACCGUCGCCUUGGAGGCGGACUCCAGCUGGACCGUCCUCCUGGAGGAGGACGUCACCGGGGACUUCUAUCGCUGCCUCAGCUUCCAGGUUCCUGCCGUGCGCUCCAGGACCGUGGCGACGAUCCACGUCACCGUCCAGCGGGGGGACGCCUCCAUCAGCAAAAAGACCAAGAUCCGCAUCGAGCGCCCGGCCUUCAUCCACCUGAUCCAGACCGACAAGCCCGUCUACAAACCGGGUCAGACCGUCCAGUUCCGCAUCGUCUCCAUGGACGUUUACUUCGUCCCUGUGGAUCGAGUAUACAACGUUGUGGAGCUCCAGGAUCCUAAUUCAAACCGCAUAGCCCAGUGGUUGGAUAAGAGGGUCGCCGGCGGCAUCCUUGAUCUCUCCCACCCGGUGAUCCCCGAGGCGGCUCGGGGAAGGUACACCAUCACUGCCUCCACGGACCAAGGAGAGCAAAUCUCCCACAGAUUUGACAUCAAGGAAUACGUUCUGCCAAAGUAUGAAGUAAAGGUGCAUCUACCCAGAGUGAUCAGCAUCCUGGACCAAGAGGUGACGCUGAGGAUCUGUGGAAAAUACACCUAUGGGAAACCUGUUGUCGGUUCAGUCAAGGCAGUUUUUUGUAAACGCGGCCACCAGUUCCGCUGGUAUUCAAUUACCGAAGAAAUUGACAUCUGCACGACGUAUGAAAUGCCGACGGACAAAAGUGGUUGUGCCACACAAACUGUGGUCAUGAAGGAGUUUUCUAUCAAAAAGAGCGCGUACAAUACAAACUCCUUCGAGGUGACCGCCGAGCUGCAGGAGUUCGGCACAGGGGUCGUUCUGAGGGGCACAGGCCGGAGCACCUUCACCUGGGUCAUCCGAAAGGUCACCUUCAUGGAAGUACCCGGGGCCUACAAGACCGGCAUCCCAUUGGAAGGAAAGGUGAAAAUGGUCGAUGCAAACGGCAAAGCUGUGGCCAACGAGACGGUUUACCUGUUGCCCGGAAGCCUGAACUUAGCGCUCACCACAGACUCGAGGGGCGUGGCUUCGUUCUCUUUGGACACGGCGCUCUGGACGGACCGGAUGAAUCUGAUGGCGACUUCCAGAAAGCAGGAGAGCACCGCGGCCGGUGAGGGCGGGCCGGGGGAGCACCUCUCAGCCCACCAGGAGGUGGCGCCCUCUUACUCCAGGAGCAGCAGCUUCUUGAAGCUGGUGCAGGAGAGCGGAGCGUUGGCCUGUGACCAGGACCAGGAGGUGCGCGCUCGCUACAUCAUCCAGGGGAAGGAGCUCAAGGAGGAACAGGAAGUCCUCGACUUCUUUUACCUGGUGAUGUCCAGAGGUGGAAUUGUGCAGGCCGGUCGAGUCCCAGUAGCUGUUAAAGGAGGAACUGUGAACAAAGGGGAGUUCUCCAUCUCCCUCCGUCAGGUCACCGGCCUGGCGCCCUUUGCCCAGGUGGUGGUCUACACCGUGAUGCCCGGCGGCGAGGCCGUGGCCGACAGCCACGACUUCCCCGUCCAGCUGUGCCUCAAUAACAAGGUGUCUCUGAAGUUCUCAUCCCUCCAGGAGCUUCCAGCAGGGAGGACCACGCUCCGUCUGCAGGCUCAUCCGGGCUCCCUCUGCUCCGUCAGGGCCGUGGACCUCAGCGUCCUGCUGCUGCAGCGCGAGCAGGAGCUCACCGUGGCGUCGCUCUACAGUCGGCUGCCGUUACAGAAGCUGUCGGGAUACACCAACGACGUGGAAGACUCGGAGCCGUAUCCCUGCCUCCCUUGGUCGGUACCAGAACCUGGGAUGAUGGACUAUGUGGAUACGGCCAGUCCGAGAGAGUCCGACCAGACGAACGAUGUCUACAACAUCUUCAAAAAAACAGGGAUCAAAAUAGUGACCAACUCCGAUGUGAAAAAGCCUCGUGACUGCCGCCCAACGCUCAUGUACUAUAGCUUUCUCAUGGAGAACUCUCCAGAUAUCGAGGGUGCCAUGAUGUUGGGGAAGGAGGAGGUGGGGAAGAAGGAGACCGUCAGGACCUUCUUCCCUGAGACUUGGAUCUGGGACCUGGUUCCUGUGGGGGACGGCGGCUCGGUAGAUGUGGAGAAGACGGUGCCCGACACCGUCACCAAAUGGGCCGCCGGGGCUUUCUGCGUCUCCCCCGCGGGCUUUGGCGUGGCGCCCAACGCCGAACUGACGGCCUUCCAGCCGUUCUUCGUCAGCCUCACCUUGCCCUACUCCGUCAUCCGGGGGGAGGUGUUCACGCUCAAAGCCACCGUCUUCAACUACCUCUCCAAGUGCAUCAUGGUGAACAUGACGCUGGCCCAGUCGGACCAGUACGACUUCAGGAGCUGCGAUGGCUGCCGGUACCGAGCGUGUCUGUGCGGCGAGGAGAGCCGGACCUUCUCCUGGGUCCUAACGCCCACCUCUCUGGGUCGGGUGGAUGUGAAGGUCGGCGCCGAGGCCCUGAGGACCGACCUGCUGUGCGGGAACGAGGUGGCCGUUGUCCCUGAGGCGGGCCGGGUGGACACGGUGGUCCGAUCCCUGCUGGUGGAGGCUGAGGGAACGCCGCAGAUGGUCAGUCACAACGCGCUGCUCUGUCCUGCAGAGGGGCCCGUGGAGAAGAACAUCUCCCUUCUGAUGCCUGAGAUGUUUGUGGCUGGAUCGGCCAGGGGCUCCGUCUCUGUUCUGGGGGACCUGAUGGGCCGGGCCAUGAAGAACCUGGACCGGCUCCUGGCCAUGCCGUACGGUUGCGGCGAGCAGAACAUGGUGCUGUUCGCGCCCAACGUCUUCAUCCUCAACUACCUGAGGAGCACGAAUCAGCUGACGGAGGAGGUUCAGAGCCGGGCGACGCGCUUCCUGAAGGCCGGGUAUCAGAGGGAACUCACCUACAAACACGACGACGGCUCCUUCAGCGCUUUUGGGAAGAGCGACGAGUCUGGAAACACCUGGUUGACCUCUUUCGUGAUGAAGUCCUUCGGGGGGGCGCGGCCGUACAUCUUCGUGAACGACGCCCACAUCGGUGACGCCCGGCGGUGGCUGAGCAGCCUCCAGCGGCCCGACGGCUGCGUGCGCUCUGUGGGGAGGCUCCUACACAACGGCAUGAAGGGAGGAGUCAGUGACGACGUGUCGCUGACGGCCUACAUCGCCGCCGCUCUGCUGGAGCUGGACGCCAACGCCACGGACCCGAUGGUUCAGGGGUGUCUGACCUGCCUGAAGGAGGCCAUGUCCGGCCAGCUGGAGAACCUCUACACCUCCGCCCUUAUGUCCUACACCUUCGCCCUCGCCGGAGACGUGGAGGCGAAGAGCGACCUCCUCGCUCGCCUUCAUCAGAAGUCCAGCACGCAGGGUGGUCUCCGCCAUUGGAGCCGAGCCGGGGCUUCUGGCAAAGGUCCGGACUCCCUGGAGGUGGAGAUGAGCUCCUACGUGCUGCUGGCGCUGCUCUCCGGUCCGGCCGUGCCGGGCUUCGGACUCGACUACUCGUCGGGCAUCGUGCGCUGGCUCGUCCAGCAGCAGAACCCGUACGGGGGGUUCUCCUCCACACAGGACACCGUGGUGGCCCUCCAGGCUCUGGCCAAGUACGGCGCGGCCACCUACAGCAAGGAGGGCGUCACCACGGUGACGGUGACGUCGUUGGGGGGUCCGAGCUGGGAGUUCAGGGUGGACGGGAGCAACCGGCUGCUGUACCAGGAGGAGGAGCUAAGCGAGGUGCCGGGGGAGUACUCGCUGCGGGCCCGCGGCCAGAGCUGCGUGCUGGCUCAGGUCUCAAUGCAUUACAACGUCCCUCCUCCACCCGACUUCUCCACCUUCAAUGUCUCCACCUCUGUGAUGCCCAAGUGCAAUAUCAGCCGGCCUCAGCUGGUCCUCUUCGUGCACGUCAGGUACCAGGGCAGGAGAGAGGAAACCAACAUGGUCAUCAUCAACGUCAAACUGCUCUCUGGAUUCAUCCUGGAUCAGAGCUCCCUGGAGCUGCUGAAGAGCGACCGCUCGGUGAAGCGCGUGGACGUGGAGGAAGGAUUCAUCAACGUCUACUUAGACGGGCUGAAGAAGGACGAGACGAAGGUCCUCAGCGUGACCGUGGAGGAGGACGUCGCUGUGAGGAACCUGAAACCAGCUGUGGUCAAAGUCUACGACUACUACCAGACCAGCGAUGAAGCCGUCGCUGACUACACUUCCCCCUGUGCCGAGUACGACGCAGUGAACGAGCUGUAGAAACCUGAGCGAAUCUCCCAGAAGAACGAAAACUUCCAGAUGUGCUUUCUCUUGAUUUUUUUUUUUUUUUUUAAUUGCACUUUUUAGAAGCAUAUUCCUUCUUUUGCAUUGCUUUUCAUAAACGUUAAAACAUCACGAAGCAGAAAAUGUUUUGUUUCUCUUUAAUAGAUUUGACAAAGUCCACGUUAUUCAUACGGGGAACCGCACACACAGUCUGGUCCAGUAUUGUGUGACAGGAUCUACCUUCUAGGAAUAAAACAAGUCGUGUGUUGUACCACUUUAAAAAAAACAAAGGUAGAUUGAUGCAUCACUACCAUACCAUUUGAAAUGUACCGUGACACACAAUGACAAAAAUAAGUAUGAUUUGUUUCUCUUUUAAUACAAUACUGUUUCAUUUCAAUA